AUGGCGUCGAUGAGGGACAGCGACACCGGCCUGUGGCUUCAUAACAAACUCGGAUCGGCGGACGAGCUGUGGACGCCUUCCAGCAUUGGUUCUCUUCUCACCGUGUCUGUUAUUGACAAUAUCCGACUGUGUUUCUCGAAUUUGUCUCCUCCAGUGAAGCUGAAACUGCUGCUAGGCAUGCUGCAUCUCCCGCGCAGGACUGUCGACGAGAUGAAAGACGCCCUGUCGGAGAUAAUUCAGCUGGCAACGGUCGACUCUGAACCCUGGGUGCUGAUGGUUGCUGACAUCCUAAAGUCAUUUCCUGAGACAGGCUCCCUAAAUCUGGACCUAGAGGAGCAAAACCCCAAUGUGCAGGACAUCCUGGGAGAGCUCAGAGAAAAAGUGGCUGAGUGUGAUGCAUCAGCCAUGCUGCCUCUUGAGUGUCAGUAUCUGAAUAAAAGUGCUUUGACCACGCUGGUGGGUCCCCUCACCCCACCCAUCAAACACUUCCAGCUCAAAAGGAAACCCAAGAGUGCUACACUUAGAGCUGAGCUCCUUCAGAAAUCUACAGAAACUGCCCAGCAGUUAAAGAAAACAGCAGGAGUGCCUUUCCACGCAAAAGGACGAGGACUUGUCAAGAAGAUCGACACCACAACACCGCUUAAAGGAAUCCCCAAAGCUCCUUUCCGCAGCCCCACGGCCCCCAGCAUUUUUCCUACCAGUAACAGAACGCCUAUUGCUCCUGCCCGCACACCCCUUCGCAAAGAGAGAGGGGUCAAGUUAUUAGAUAUCUCAGAGUUGGAUAUGGUUGGAGCAGGCAGAGAAGCUAAGAGGAGAAGAAAGACACUGGACAUAGAAAUGGGAGAGAAAGCAGCCAAAGAGGAGGCAGUGGUGGAGAAUGCUACCCCCGACUAUGCUGCUGGCCUGGUGUCCACACAGAAACUGGGGGCAUUAAACAACGAAAGUGCCCUCCCGUCAACCAGCUACCUCCCAGCCACACCGAGCAUGGUGCCCUCGUCGUCCUACAUUCCCAGCUCAGAGACACAGCAAGCCUCUACAGGAGCAAGUCGUGAUGCUCCAAACCGGCAGCCGGAGGAAUCCACAGCCACUAACGCAGCUGCUUCCACGCUACCUGGCCAGUUUAAACAGAGAGCGCCCAUGUACAACGCCAGCACCGCUAGUCCUACAGCUCCUACCUCCCCUACUACACCCACUAGCACGCCUGUCAACAACGCCCCAGCACCAGCUGCCACUGCAACGCAGCCAGAUACUGCCACGCCUAUAGCCACCACAGCAGCACAGCCCACCCCUACGCCGGCCCCGCAGCAACCGCAGCCCAAAAAGAACCUGUCGCUUACGAGAGAACAGAUGUACGCUGCGCAGGAAAUGUUCAAGACUGCAAACAAAGUCACUCGACCUGAAAAAGCUCUCAUCCUGGGCUUUAUGGCAGGAUCAAGAGAGAACCCGUGUCCAGAACAGGGUGACAUCAUCCAGAUCAAACUGAGCGAGCACACAGAGGUUCUGCCCAAAGCAGACGGCACUGGCAGCACCACCAUGCUGGUGGACACAGUUUUCGAGAUGAACUACUCCACAGGCCAGUGGACCCGGCUCAAAAAAUACAAGCCCAUCACCAACACAUCCUGAGAGACGUGUGACUACACAUACACACUAAAACACACACCAUAUCUGGGCCAAAUUGUGAGUGAUUGGACAACAACUUUGAGGUGGAAUUUUAUAGAAAUGUGAUGGACUUCUAAUUUUGCUGAGCUCAUUUCCUGUCACUGUGUUCCUGCAUUGCCAAAAACUAGGGACCUAAUUUCUAUCAUUUUUUGUUUUGUGAUUUGAAAUGUUUCUUAAUUUACAUGGGCUCUUUAUAAAAAACCCUGAUAUUCCAGUAUGUCUUUGCAAUUGUGGUGGAAUAGAGCUGGGGUCGAAUGCUUUUAGCUUCUUCUAUUGACACGUCUGUAUAGCGUCACAUGCCAUUAGUGUAUAAAAACAAAAAAAACUUGUCUAUUUGUUUCAAAGUGCGAAUGUAUAAAAAAGACAAAGUUUUGGAGGAUGUUUUUCAACCCUCCGGAAGAAGACAAAAAAUAAAACAAUACAAGUCCAAACCUGAAGAA